AUGGAUUUGGGUAGGGCAGAAUCCCAAGCUGUGAAAGAAUUGGAGGAGUGGGAUCUUCAUGAGGAGAUUUUUUGGAAGCAAAAGGCCCAGAUUGAUUGGCUUCAGGAGGGUGACAAGAAUACAACAUUUUUUCAUAAGGAGGGUUAUAUCUCUUCUAUGGUGAAUUCAGAAGGUAUUCUGCUGACUUCCCUUCCAACUUUGUCUCAUGAGGCUUCUCAGUAUUAUUCUUCUCUCUUUUCGGAAGACUCACCUCUAGCUGAGGAUGAGGAGAAUAUGAUCCUUGCUUGUAUUCCAUCUUUAGUUACCAAUAUGAUGAAUAAGUCCCUCAUGCGUUUGAUUUCUUUGUCUGAAUUGGAGGAGGUUGUUUUUGGGAUGCGCAAGGGUAAAGUCAUUGGUCCGAAUGGUUUUCCUAUUGAAUUUUUACAAGAUUUUUGGGAUAUUAUUAAUUUGGAUUUGUUGGAAGUGGUUUGGGAAUCCUAUGGUAGUAAACAAAUACUCCAUGCCUUGAAUUCUACUUUCCUUGUUCUUAUUCCUAAAAAGGAAGGUGCUAACCAGUUGAAGUUUUUUAGGUCCAUUGCUCUGUGUAAUGUGGUCUACAAAACUAUUACUAAGGAGUGGGUCAGAUGGAUGAUGAGUUGUGUUACUUCUUCUUCCUUCUUUGUUAUUAUUAAUGGUGAUUCAUCUGAGUUAUUUGGAGCUUCUAGAGGUCUUCGCCAGGGGGAUCCUCUUUCUCCAUAUUUGUUUAUUCUUAUGGUGGAGGGCCUUUGUGGGCUUAUUAAGUCUUGGGUUUCUCAUGGCUUGCUUCAAGGUUGGAGGUGGGGUCAUGGGUUGCCUACGCUUUCUCAUCUUCAGUUUGUGAAUGAUAUUGCUCUCAUGGGGGUUGCUCAUCUUUGGGAGGCUGAAUCUUUUAGACGGACUUUAGAUAUUUAUUUGGCUGCUUCGAGGCAGAAAGUCAAUGAGCAUAAAUCUUUUAUCUAG